AUGAGGGCUACGUCAAAACCGCUCAUUAUGCUCGCCCGAUCCUCUCGGUGGUCCAGUUCGAAUGCAAAUACCGUCACAGUCUUUUCCGGGAAAUUUGAAGGUCUCACGAAAUUACACUACCGCCUCAGUGAGGAAAUGUUGAGAGGCCUUUGUAGAGGGUUUGCGGGACAUGAAACUGCCGUUGUUAGUUGUCUAGAUGCUUCAGGAUUCCUCCUUCACAAGCAUGGGUUUGGAUUCAAGAUCUCGAAAAGUUGUAAGGAUCAUUACGAUUGGGAUUGA